AUGGAGCUAGAUCGAUGUUUGGAGCAGCUAUAUAAAGGCCAAUUAUUGCCAGAAGAAACAUUGAGGGCACUAUGUUUCAAAAUGAAGGAGAGAUUGGUGAAAGAAUCGAAUGUUUUGCAUAUAAACACGCCUGUCACGGUUGUCGGUGAUAUCCACGGACAGUUCCAUGAUUUAUUGGAAAUUUUCCAAAUUGGAGGCCCUGUACCAGAUAGUAACUACUUAUUCUUAGGUGAUUACGUCGAUCGGGGUCUGUACAGUGUGGAGACCAUGACACUUUUGAUAGUUUUGAAGUUAAGAUGGCCAGAAAGAGUGCAUCUGAUACGUGGGAAUCAUGAAUCGCGACAGAUCACACAAAGCUAUGGGUUUUACAGCGAAUGUUUGAACAAGUAUGGUGGAUCAAGCAAAGUGUGGCAUUAUUUCACGGAUUUGUUCGAUUAUUUGGUGCUGUGUUGUAUCAUAGACAAUGAAAUAUUCUGCGUGCACGGAGGGCUAUCGCCGAACGUGCAGACUUUGGAUCAAAUCAGAAUCAUCGAUCGCAUUCGUGAAAUACCGCACGACGGUGCAAUGGCAGACCUUGUAUGGUCCGAUCCGGAGGACGAUGCAGAAGGUCGCGAGCAUUUUCAAGUCUCGCCGCGCGGUGCAGGCUACAUAUUUGGACGCAGCGUCGUUGAAAAAUUUCUGCAUCUGAACGGAAUGUCCAAAAUCUACAGAGCGCAUCAGCUGUGUAACGAGGGAUUUCAGGUGUAUUUCGGUGGGCUAGUAACCACUGUUUGGUCGGCACCCAAUUACUGUUACCGCUGCGGAAACAAAGCUUCCAUCCUUGAAGUCUACGGAAACGGCGAGUAUUUCUUCAAUGUUUUUGAAGAAGCACCCGCUAACAAACUUCUCAACGUACCAGUUAUGACCAGUGGUAGCAUGCUAGCAGGCUUUUUCGAUGAACCUACUCCUGACAUGUUUUCUGAUGAGUACCAAGCUGCAUCCGCAAUGAACAGACAUGUGGAUUAUUUCCUAUAA